AUGCCCGUCUACGCGGGCGACCCCGGCGUCCGCAUCGCGACGGUGCGGGAGCGCGCGCGGGACGGGUGGGAGCUGCGCGAGCUGACGUUGGGCUCCCACACCGGCACCCACGUCGACGCCCCGGUCCACCUCUGGGCCGGGGGCCAAACGCUGGACGAAAUCCCCCUCGACCGCUUCUGCGGCCCGGCGGUGGUCGUCGCCGACGGCGCGGCGGAUUACCCCGCGCGGAUCGGGCUGCUUUUUAGGGGGCCGGUUGGGCUGGAAACGGUCCCGGGGAUCCUCCGCGCCCGGCCGCCCUUCGUCGGCGGCCCGCUCGACGAGCCCGCGGAGCGCGCGCUUUUGGCGCAGGGGAUUAUUACGUACACGGACUUGGUGAAUUUGGACCAACUCGUGGGCAAGGUCUUCACGUUUGUGGGGUUCCCGCUGAAAAUCAGGGACGGGGAUGGUUCACCGGUCCGGGCAGUGGCACUUGUGCACGAUGGAUAA